UAUAAAGUACCUCGCAGUCAGUCGAGUCAUCUGCCACUUUUCUUUGCUUUUACUCCAGAUUGUUUAAACACUUAAGCUGCUAAAAAUUUCUUGACUGACUGUUGCUUUUCUUUUUGUAGCUUUGUACUCUUUAUGCAAACGGCGAUGGAAGAGGUUCUUCAGUGGGCAGCCAAUGUGAUGGAUAAAACAGGAAUAGAAAAGAAAGCUCAGGCAGAGGAGAGAGGGAAGAUGAUCUCCUCAGACCUAUACUGUGAGGUUUUGGAUCUGAGCGGAGGAGAGAAUAUCACAGAGCUGUGCAAAACACAAAAGAAGAUCAAGAAGACGUACUCACCCAGAGUGUCUGUGGAAACCCCUGUGAUAGGGCCGGAGGAUACUGCAGAAUUCAUGAAUGCAGCCAGUCAAGGCAAACUGAAUGUGAUAGACAAGUAUCUGGCUGAUGGUGGGGACCCUAAUGUCCAUGAUGAGCUGAAGCGGACAGCGCUACAUCGUGCCUCUCUGGAAAGACAGACUGCAGUUGUCCAAAUGCUUUUAGAAAAGGGAGCCGAUAUCAACUUUAAAGAUCAACUGGGCUCCAGGGCCAUACACUGGGCCUGCAGAGGAGGAAGCCUGGGAGUUGUCAAAGCCCUGAAGAGCCACAGGGCUGACCUGAACGUUAGAGAUAAGUUGUACAGCACUCCUCUGCAUGUGGCCACAAGGACAGGCCACACCACCAUUGUGGAGUACCUGCUGUCCUGUGGUGCCAAAAUCAACUCCAGAGAUAGGGAAGGGGACACAGCCCUGCAUGAUGCAGUGCGUCUCAACAGAUACAAGAUAGUGAAGCUGCUCAUAGUGGCAGGGGCUGACACAAAAAUAAAAAAUCAUGAAGGAGUCACAGCAGUGCAGCAGGUAAAACAGUGGCAGUUUGACAUCAUGGAGAUCCUGCAGAGACUGGAGAAGCUGAGGGAAUUGGGACUGGUACCGCCUGAAAACACCUCGAGAGAGAGGAGUGACUAGUGCAAAAGAUGCACAUCUACUCAUACAGUAUAUUCCUUUAACGUUGCUCUCCAUCUGUCUCAGGUUCAAAAUACAUCCAGCAAUUCCACUGUAGGUCAGUGUACAUCAUAUUUGAGUAUAUGCGUUAUAUGUGCUCACCAACAAAAUCUGCCUUUCUGGGGCAUGGCUGUUAAACCUCUAAGGUUAGUCUGAACUAUGACACUAGAAAAAUGUGUGUGACGGAUUCAAAAUGAUCUGCUUAUCUCAAAAAAGGAGGCAGAAAACAUAUGAAUAAGGAAACAAAGCUGAAUUUCUCACAACCUUUUGCCAAGCUUUGGCUUUUGAUAUUUGCUUCCAAAGAGCUUUAUCAUCUCAGGAGCACUCCGAUGGAUGUUUCGUAUCUGAUUUGGGAUGUCUUUGGAAGUGGAAUAAUAUUAAUAGGUAGUGCUGUGCAGAAGCUGCGUUUGAAUAUACAUCAAAAGGUCCUUGUUUUAUCAAGGCAACAGACAAGGCCAGAGCACACAGCAGUACUGUGUUUGAGAUGUCAGCUGAUGAUAGCAGAGAUGGCUGGUAUGCCUCCGCUAAAGUCAGGGAUUCAAGGAGAGCUCAGUGGGCAUAUUUUCCUUCUAUCAUCAGUGGCUCAAAUGUUCCUGAGGGAGGGUGGUCAUUUACACUGGGGAAACCAACAGCUUGCUCCCUUGCUUACAAUGUAGUUGUUUAUGUAUAGUUAGUCAGUAUGCAUGCAGCCAUUCAUUUUGUGAGCACAUUUUGUUCAACAUAUACUGUGCUACUGCUGUAUUUAUCAU